ACGAAUUUUUUGUCUCAAAUAUCACUCGUUGCUACCCGGUUGAUCACUAGAUAUCAGACACAGGUCAGACCGUAAAGGUUUAUAUGAAGAGUACUGGUGCUGAUCACGAUAUUCACACUUGAAAAUGGGAGAUAUGGAAGCCAAAGAACACAUACACAAAUCUCUCGAGGAAGUUGUCCAGUCUACUUCUUGUCAGCUAAACAGAAAGCGAUUUUCAGGAGCCCAGAGUUUUGAUGUACCAUCCAGCCAUUAUGUGACUAAGAACCCUAACCUUUACUCGACAGAGAAGAGAAGCCCUAGUUUCCCUUUAAUGCACAGCCACUCAAACGGAUUGUCAAAGAGUAUGGUUGAUUUGCCGUCGCGAAAUCUGAACGGUUUACGAAAAAGCGUCAUGUUCGAAGAAGAUCUUUUUGCUCACAAAGAGAUGUUGCAACGGGCUCGAAAUCGCUUCAAGGAACUAGAACUAAAGUACCCUGAAAUUUUCAAGAACUCUUCUGGAACCUAUUCGUUUUCUUCAUCUUGUUCAAAUCAGCCUGAUGGAAGCUUUGAUCGCUCUCAGUCGCUCGACCCGAAAUCAGUAGAGCAUCAAGAAAUACAAACAACGAAAUCAGAUAAAUUACAAGUGCUUCGAAGUGGAACAAACGAUCAGAGUUCUAAUGUUGUUGCCACUACAUCAAGAAGGAGACCUCCUCCUCUUUCGGUAGCUAUGAAACUGCAUAAUCUCGAGGAUAGUUGUGAUAGUGCGUUCGACGAUAUCGACCGCGAGUCGGUACUUUCAAAAACGUCCCAUGAACCGACGCCGACUUCAUUUAGCAAAACUCACUUUCUUUACCCAGGAGAGAGUGUGGAAUCAGACAAGGACAGUGGAAUAUCAACAGAUCGUCCAUGUACUCCAAAUUCAAGGUCUUCCAGGCCUGCGAGAUGGGAAGAUCCACAAGUAAGUGGCACACUCUCUUAUCCGUCUACGCGACCGAAUUCAAUGAGUUUGACAACCUUGCCGUUGUCAAGUUCCCUGGAGUUUGCUAGCUUCGACUCUGAGAGUCAGACGAGUCGAAGUGUAGAUCGACGAGGUAUUCUUAAAUCUGUGGCCUACAGAAAUCAGGAAAUUAAGACGGAAAGCUUGGAUAUCGCACCAAGUUCAAGCAAUUCUUCUUUUAACUGUCAACGGAGUGUAUCUUUGACAGGAGGUCUAAGAAGAGGUUCAAGCAUAUAUCGCAGGAGCAUCUUUUUGCAAAGUCGCAGUUUCAGUGGAAGCCAAGAUGAGACAGAUUCAGAUGCUGAGACAGUUUGCAGUGUUCAAAGCGAGUAUAUUUUGCGGCCCCACAUGUCAGCUCGUGAAAGAUAUUUCAGCACAUAUCAGCUUAAUACAAUUUCUGAGGGUGAACCUAGAGACUUGAUAAGGACCCAGAAAUGGAGAAGCAUGCCUGAGCUUGGUAGAAGCCAUAGUCUUGGAAGUGUGUCAUUCUAUGGAGACUCUUUACCUGCUGGUUUUGAUGAAACUAGAAAGAAAAAAAAGAAGCGCAAAUUUGGUCGUCGAUCUGGUCUCUAUGUUGUAAAUGAUGUGCCAGUGAGUGAAAAACCAAGAUUGUCUAUUGACAAAGGCAAGAGCAAAACAAAAAGUUCAUUAAUAUUCCGCAAGAACAAGUCCAAGAAAGAAGCCUUGCAUGUUAAUGAGUUAACAAAGAAAUGGUUUGACUCUACAACUGCUGUGAGUCGGCCAACAGGGGGCCAGAGUUUGGGAAGAAUCAUAGCUAUGCGGGAAGAUCUUGGGAGCGCUUAUGUCUUAGAACUACAAAGGAGUCCUGGUGGAUUGUUUGGGUUUUUCAUUCAGAAGGGUUAUCAACAAUACAAGAAAGGAGUGUUUGUUAGUCGAAUAAUGGACUGUGCCUCUUCAAAGUUUAUGGCUGGUCUGUUAAACCCUGGAGAUGAGAUCCUUGACAUCAAUGGAGAAAGUACUGCAAGCAAGACUAUGUCAGAAGUACACAAUAUUCUAGCAAAUUCUGACAAACUUGUUCUGACUGUUUUGCCAUUUCUUGGUCGUAAGGAUUGGUAACCCCCUGGCAGUGUCCUUAGGAAAAUUAUAUACUGAGAUUUUUUUACCUGUAUAACUUAUUGUCAGUUUGUUUUAAUGACAUUUUGUUGGCAAAAGACCAAAUUGAACUAGUCUGGUUAUUGUAUGGCUUUCAUAGUUGUAAAUUAUUUAUCAGUAAGUGUGGCAGCAUACCAAGGUUAUUGUAUAGAUUUUCAGUGUGGGUGACUUCAGUCAAAAAUUCAUCAUCAUCACCAGUCUUCUUUGUGCUUUGUUGCGCAUAAGGCCUUCGGUCAAAAAUUAAAAAGGUGGAAAAUUCAAAUUGGGCAAUAACAAGUUCGCAUCAAUAUUAGUUUUAAGAUUUUGAUAUUGUGUAAAUUUAAUUUAAUUAGGAAAAUUUUGAAAAAUUGGAAUGAACUUGAUUGUGUUUCAAGUAAAGGGUAUCUAAUGAGAACUAUCUCACAGUUAAUGCAAAUUUAUAAAUUUUUCAUAACUUUUUAAAAAAUGGUCAUUUACAUUCCUAACCAUACAGAUUUUCUCCUUCUUCAGUUACACUCAUUCUUAUGAUAUCACAGUAAUGCUUCUCAGUUGCAGAGAUCUUGUUAUUUUACUGGACUCUGGAUUGAAAGGAUUGGGUUUCUCAUUGUAAUCUUUGUGCCUCACCAAGGAGUAAAUAUAGGUACCUUCUGUGAAGGGCACAAAAAUCUCUGAGAAACCAGACAGCCUGUCAGAGAAGGCUCUUUAGCUGACUUUUCCGUUGUGUUUUCCUUUCUUAAUAAAGUAAUGUUGUAGAGUUUUCCUUAAUUUAUGUUGCAAAAAAACAAUUAAAUAUAUCACAAAUUGGUACUGUUAAACUCCAUAGAGGACUAAUUGCUUUCAUUGUAAAUAAUUAUUUUUGCAACAUAAAUUAAUUAAUUUAUUAUAGUUGUCAGCUGUUAAUUGUAAUUGAAAUUUUGAACAGCAAGUAAUAUUGCUGUUAUUUUUUAAGAAAUACGUUGUAUUUAACGUAUGUAUUCUGGUGAAAAGAGUGAAUAGGAUUACUGUCACUCUUUACUUUGUGACAAGCACAAUAUGUGGUUGUAUAGAAUUAAAAGAAUUUAAGGUCAUUUCUACUUCUUGGUCCAGUAAUGUCAAUUUUAAUGUAUAGGUGGCGAUUUGCCAAAGUAUUUUUUUAUGUCCAUUAUUUUUGUUGUGGUUCAAAAAGUAUUGUAUGAUGUUCAGUAACACCUGUAAAUUAUUGUAACAGGUACUUAUUGACUGUAAAUAAAAUGUUGGUAGUUGAA